GCCGCAGAUCGAGUACGCCAAUCUACCCGUGGCCGGAGUCAGAGCGAGGGACAAGCAUGUCUCCGCAGCCGCACUUCCUCGUGCUCACGUUCCCGCUCCAGGGCCACAUCGCGCCGGCGCUCCGCCUCGCCCGGCGCCUGCUCGCCACCGCGCCCGACGCGCUCGCCACGUUCUCCACCACCGAAGCAGCGCACCGCCGCAUGUUCCCGGCGGACGCGGACGCGGCCGACGGCGGCGGUGAUGGCGGCCGCCUCGAGCUCCUCCCGUUCUCGGACGGCACCGGGACCGGGUACGUCCGGAGCAGCACCGACCCCGCGGCCUUCACCGACUACAUGGCGUCCUUCCAGGCCGCGGGCGCGCGCAGCGUCGGGGAGCUGGUGGACGCGCUCGCCGCGCGCGGCCGCCCCGUGACCCGCGUCGUGUACACGAUGCUCCUCCCGUGGGCCGCGGACGUGGCGCGCGACAAAGGCCUGCCGUCCGCGCUCUACUGGAUCCAGCCGGCCGCCGUGCUCGCCGUCUACUACCACUACUUCCAUGGCCACGCCGCCGUCGUGGCCGACCACCGCCACGACCCGUCGUUCCUCGUGCGCUUCCCGGGCCUCCCGCCGCAGGCCGUGCGGGACCUCCCGUCCUUCCUCACCGACUCCACCGACCCGUCCGACUUCUUCCACAGCGUGUACACUACCGUCCGCGACCUGUUCGACACGCUCGACAGGGAGACCCCCAGAGCCACCGUGCUGGUCAACACGUGCCAGGAACUCGAGGAGGGCGCGCUCGCCGCGGUGGCAGCGUACGACGCGCUGCCGAUCGGCCCGGUGCUCCCGUCCCGCGACGAGGCCGGCCUCUUCAAGCAGGACGGCGCCAAGUACAUGGAGUGGCUCGACGACAAACCGGCCGACUCCGUGGUGUACGUCGCGUUCGGCAGCCUGGCGAGGAUGGAGAGGGAGCAGCUCGACGAGCUGCUCCUCGGACUCGAGGACACCGGGAGGCCGUACCUGUGCGUCGUCCGGAAGGACAUCAAGGCGGAGCUCGCGGAUGGCGAUGCGACGGAGACGGAGAUGGACGCGCCGCUCAAGAACGGCAUGGUGGUGGAGUGGUGCGACCAAGUGCGCGUGCUGUCGCACGCGGCGGUGGGCUGCUUCGUGACGCACUGCGGGUGGAACUCCGUGAUGGAGAGCGUGGCGUGCGGCGUGCCGAUGGUGUGCGUGCCGAAGAUGUCGGACCAGCGGAUGAACGCGUGGCUCGUCGAGUGCGAGUGGCGCGUGGGAGCGCGCGCGGAGGUGGGCGGCGACGGCGUGCUGCGCGCUGCCGAGGUGAGGCGGCGUGUGGAGGAGGUGAUGCGGGAGGGCGAGGCCGCGGGGGGCGCACGGCGCGCGGCGUCAGAGUGGAAGCGGGCGGUCGUGGAGGCUCUGGGGGAAGGUGGUUCGUCGGAUCGUAAUCUAAGGGCAUUCCUCGAGGGCAACACUAGUGGUGUCUCCUUGUGACACCAGCUUGUAGGAGGAGAAAUGCGAGGCUGGGCACGCGACAGCACCAAGACUAUCGAAGGCGGAGCAAGCUUCAAGAUUCUUAACCCACGUUGCAUUUCUGGGUUGUCUGAUGUAUUGUUAGCUGAACAAUGUAGAAUAGACCAUAGAUCGCCGGAAAUUCGCAGGGGCACGCAUUUGCAUAGCCGUGUCAGCCGCUUGAUUGCCUCACGAUUCGUAAAGUCUUUCAAUUUUGAACAUGGGCACAACAAGUUUUAAGUUAUAGUUUCUGAAGCUAA